AUCCUAUCCACCUCAAUCAACUCCAAUGGCCAUAGGAGACCCAAAUACGCGGCCAGAAGCUGAAACGGUGUUCAUCUCCACUACCUUCCACCUCCAGCACGACGCGCGGGACUGGGAAGCCUGUGCGCUAGUCCCGUGGGCAUUGCAAGUGCCACCGGACGCCGGCGCCAGGGACAUCGCCAGACUCCUCACCAGGGAACUCCACCUGCGGCCAGGCGACGUCUCAGUCACGCUCCAUCAACCUGAACCUUAUCUCAUCCGGUUCGAGCAGGCGGAACACGCGGCGGAGGCACGGCGGAGAGGACGAUUCACAGGCGACGGCAUCGACAUCUGCCUCCGCACCUGGCGAAGCCUCACGCAUGCUCUCGGCUUCCGUAUCUUCUACCGGGUCCGCCUCUGCCUCGACGGCAUCCCAUCGCACGCCUGGACCCUGGAGAUCGUCGAGCGCGUCAUCGGCCACAAGUGCGCCCUCCAGCAUAUCGUCACUGACCUUCUGCAGCCGGCGGACUCCAGGCAUAUUGAGUUGUGGGCUUGGACGGUGGAUCCGAGUGAAAUCCCGAAGAAGGUAUGGCUUGCUUUUACUCAUAAUCCAGCAGCGCAAUCAUCCACAUUUGCAGUUUCGGACGAGCCCCUGCAGCUGCCUUGGCAGCAAGGGACACGAUUUGAAGUCUUCAUCCACCUGCCACUUCUGGAGGACUACUCGGCGGCAGCGCGCGAUCUCCAGCAAGCCAUCGACCAUCCGGAAAGCAUCGUCCCCGUCCGGCGCCGCUACGAAUGGCGCUACGGCCUCGUCGACGGCGCGCCCUCGGAUGCCAGAUCACGCUUCCCGGCGCGCCUCCCCCGACCGCCGAGAGAGCACAUCAGUGCGGGUCCUCACCGUGCUGAACCUAGUGGAGGACGGCGCGCGGCUGCGGGCGGCCACAGAGCAGAGCAUGGCGCCCGAGCCACGGGUGAUGAUGGGGAAGAUGGAUGACGGCACGACGACAGCACCUGUCCGCAACAGCGUACCAAAGAAGACCGUCACAGGCGCCGCCCGGCGCGGCAGCGCUGUGAUGACCGGCCGUUCGUCUGGCCGGCCCGCCGAGAAGACGACGACGACCAUCAAGACGGCGACUAUGAACACCCAGGACAGGGGCGGCAGACCGGAUUCGACUCCUGGUGGGAUUCAGGGAAGGUGCGCCGUGACCGAACACGUUCCCCCCCAAGGCGAAGCUAUGCCCCCCCGCAGGGACGACGACACGAAGAUGGUGCUCCGGGGCUAACCAGCCUAGCCCCCUCGCAGCUCCAAGCUCUCUUCGCGGCGCAAGCGACAGCACUGAAGCACUACGUCCAGCACCAGGCGUGCUGGCUCGCUGACCGCCUUGGCCUCGAUGACGCGGCGCAUGGGGAAAAGGCCUGGUCCGAGCCAGUUCCGCUGCCGCGAGUCUUCGACCGGCUCCGUGCGGAGCUGCUACAGGACUCGACAGCGACGGCGGUGGGAGCGUCUUCACCUGCCCAAGCAGUGCCACGCGUCUUCAACCGAUUCCGCGCGACGCUGCUCCACGACUCGACGGCGACGGCGGCGGCGGCGCCUUCAGUCCAAGAGGUUAGCCAGGCGCUUGAUGCCCUGUGCGUCGAGGCUGCACGGGAAUCUGUCCGGGGUGCGACCCAGCACAACAAGCAGGCCACGGCCCAACACCCAACGGGCACGUUGCUUCACAAGGAGGCCCAACAGGUGGGAGCCCACAUAUUUGCUGCUCCUGCACACCUGACUCUGACAAAUGAGGUGGGCGGCCCAGCUCGAUUUGGGCCAGGGGAGAUGAAUUCUCCUGUGGGGGAUGAUAAUGGGCUGACCCACAAUCCAACCACGGAGUGUUUCACGGCGGCCCAGUGCACCCGGCUGCCCAACCCAAGUGCCCACCAGACACCCACCCGCACUAUAAGGCCAGAGCAGCCCACGCCAUCACCUCCUGCGCCACAGACAGCACAACUCACCCCAGCACCACAAAUUGACGAUCUCUUUGCUACACCUCCGCCACCAGCACUGCCGCAGCAGCCACCGCAACGCAUGCGUAGGGGCCGUACCUUCGAUAUGACCAAAGUGCGGCGGAGCGCACGCCUAGCUAAAAAGCCAUCUAUGCCAGCAGUUGAGCGUGCACAACGAAACCUCUGGAAAAAAUUAGGUGUAGGCAGCGAUGAGAUGGCACCGAUUGAGCAAGUGUUGCAGGAUUUUCUUAACAUGUUUCAGGGGGCGCUGCCGGACUACAUCAUUGCUGCCAUGACCGCCCUUUUCGACCUUGACGACGACACAGCGGACCAAGUGAAUGAAGCGCUUCUCCUGAUGGCAGGAGAUGAUGUGGGAGAACUUCAGCAGUUGGACCAUGCGGCUGCAUGAGUGCUCUGCCAGGACAACUGCAUCAAGUGCCUUACUACUCUAUUAUGUAUCGUUCCUACUACUACUACUACUACUACUAUUGCUACCGCGACGUUUAUGUACUCUCGAAUCCAGCUCCUCACCCUGCUGGCUGCGACCUUCGGGGAGGACUUUAUCUUUGCCCUGCUGGCUGCGACCUUCGGGCAAAAACCUUGAACUCAAAACUAUGCCAUGACUACUACUGCGAACCAAAACCUGUGGCGACAGUUAUUACGGUCAACGACAAAGGGAGUGAUCUGGUAGCAGCAUCA